CAACCGUCCUCCCGGACUCCACCUCAGACUCCAGUGCGCGCGCAGCCUCCGUGGCAGCCGAGCCCCGGAGAAAACGGGAUUUUGCAAGAGCCGUUGAACCAAAUGUACCAACAUCGCCUCUACCAAAGUCCUUAUCAAAUGCCAACAUUCUCAGCGCCGCGUCAGUCUUUGCUUCCUCAGCCACCCUACGAGUACACUGGGUUUGCGAGGGGCAACGACCCAUCGGCUUUCGCUCCAGGACAGGCGUCAACACCGAAUCCAGCACUUUCAUCUCAGUACGGUGAAAGCAGCAGCAGCAGCGGCAGUUCAUUUUGGCCUGACGGUGAUUCAAUCCAAAUGCCUCAGCCACAUUUCCAGCAGCAUCGACCGCUUCCGCCGCAGGGGAUGACCCACAUUAACCCGCUUCAAGCAUUAGAGGCCACAUCGAUGCGACUGUUCGGUCGGACUUAUGAAGGGGACGGGCUGAGGGACCUGCUUUCGUACGAUUUGCGUUUCCGACCUAAGAACGAAGUAAUAUGGAUAGUCGAUUCCGGUGGGGAAGGGGCAGAGUUGGAGACACUGGUACCAUCUAUCAAACGGAGAGAGGCAUUCAUAGAAUAUCCGCUGGAGGAUCCUACAGUCUGGCUACUUUUGCUGUGCUUACUGACGGCACAGCCAUCGCAUGGCAGUGAUUCUCCAACUACAGGUUCGAAAAUCUUCCACAUUCUUACUCAAUAUGGAAUGACCCUGCUCCACGCUGGAAAGGACUUCUACCAGCUGAAGCUGCCACUGAAGUUGAAAAACGUGGAAAUCCGUAAUGUCAGUGUCUUCAAUCUGGCCUCAAUGAACGAGGCCUGUCCGCCGCGAAUCCAAUCACUUCCUUCUGGAAAGGGUAAAAUUGGGAAGUGGAGCACCGUCGAACGCUGCUUCCGCCUCGACUGGUGCAUAGGGCUUGACGAGCUUCGUGUCGAGGGCCAGUCGAAGAUAAAGCUUUUCUUCAAAACCAAGGCAAGUUGCUGCUUUAGCAGACUGCGGCGAACUUGCAACACACCCAUCCAACAGUUUCACCCCGCUACCCUGACUGUGCUGCCUUUCACCCUGAAGGCGGAGCUGCGAAUAUGUUUUCCGUUUUUGAACCAAGAGGAGCUGAGUCACGACUCGCCGCCUCGGCUUAACUCCUCGCGUUCAGCCGCCUUCUCCAUCGUGCUAGAAGACGUCAGUUUCGUCCAGUGGAAAGGCGUCCGUCUGAAGGGGUCUGGGACUUUCAAUCGCGUCGUGGGCUUCUUCAUUAACCGCAGUGAUCUCCUAAACGGCCUGCUUCGUGACAAGAUCGAGGAGUGGGUGAAACGGGUGAUGCCGGUCAAAUUCGCCGAAUUCACCGACAGAAUCUACACCAAACUGGAUGGUCUUAUCAACCGAACCAUUGCAAGAUAUGCAAUCCGAAACUAG